AUGCGUGCUGAUAACCAAGUUCGUCAGGCAUUAGACGAUAUUGCAACGCUCAUCUCUCAAUUUUUUGAAGACAAUAAUUAUGUUAUUUCUGACAUUAUUGCUGGCCUUCUUCUUCUUGUACACUCACCACACAAACGUAUUCCACCUCCAAUUGAGUCAAUUAUUAAAAAUGAACAUGAAUUGCCGCAUUGGAUGAAGUUGCCAAAUUGUUUAAAAUAUGCUAGUCGUUACUUUGAAUUUGCUUUUGCGGUUUAUGGAUGGCCACAUUAUGUUGCCUGUAAUUGUGCUUGUGGUGCUUGGUAUCUUCUCUGUAAGAAACUCAAUUGUUGUUGCCGUAAACAUGAUAAUCGCCGAGAUUUUAUGUUAAUGGGUGAUAAUUGUUGUUCUUGUCAUAGCAGUGCCCUUGAAUUAAUGUUGGACGAUGAAUGUACACCUGCUUUUGUUUGUUUCCGAAACGGACUUUUUGAAGUACCUUUUGCCGUUGUUAUUGACCAUCAUACUAAUUCAAUUGAAAAUAUUUUUAAAGGUUCCGCAUCAUUUAUGGACAUAAUAACUGAUCUUUCACUCGAUGAUGAAACGCUGGACUCAAUUGAUGUGGAUAGUGACCCAAUUCUACGUUCAGACAAGGAAUUGGACGGUUACGGCGAAAUUCGUGUCCAUAAAGGAAUUUUAAAAAGUGCUCGAUAUAUUUACGAGACUUUACAAACCAAUCAUGUCAUUGAAGAUGCUCAACAACGCUGUCCAAAUUACAAUAUUGUAAUUUGUGGGCAUUCUUUGGGUGCUGGUAUUGGUUCUUUAUUGGCACUUUUUUUAAAGAUCAAGUAUCCGGAUAUUCGUUGCUAUGCCUUUGCACCGCCAGGGUCUGUAGUAAGCGAAAAUGGAAUUUAUGUUACUGAAAAAUCAACGUUAUCUUUUGUGUUGGGUGAUGAUGUUGUUCCUCGAAUGACUUUCCAAUCAAUAUCUCUUCUAAAAACGGAAGUUGAGAGAGAAUUAACAACAACAGACAAAGCAAAAUAUGAAAUUUUAAUUAAAGGAAUUUUCAAAUUGAUUGUCUCUUAUCCUUUUUCAUUACAUAGAGCUGACAAUAUAUCCACCCAAGGAUUUGCAAACCUAACAGAGAACAAUAAUGAUAUGAGGCAUUCAGAAAAUAUUGGAACUAGAGAGGAGAGAAUAAUGCUUCGACCUCCAGGCAAUCUGCUUCACCUAACCUUUGAAAACCAGAAAAUCAAAGAUCGGGUCAAUGUCAAUUGGAUUGAUCAUUCAUCGCUCGCUGAAAUACAGGUACAAACUUUAUUCUUGUUAGCAAAAUUUUUGCCAUGCCUCUGA